UUAGUAACACUUCUACUCCCACUGACAUUUCCCCCACUCCAACAAGAAAGAAAAAGCAAGAGAAACACCAACCAACUGCAACUGACUGAAAAAUCGCCACUCCACUUCCACUCGCACUCAGUGAAAAAUUCCAAUCAGAAACAAAAAGAUACGCAUUCGCGAAUUUCUUUUCGUCCGCUUGCUCGUUCACCCAAACUGCUACUGCAAUAAAUUUCCCUCGUACAAUAUUUCCACAAAAUCUUUUACUCUCCUUAAUUUUAUUUCAUAAUCUAUUUAUUAAUCUGUGAAUAAAAUUUAAUUAAAAAAGAAUGUCAAGUGCUCAAUAAAAAUAAAAUAGUGAUUGUCCACCUUGAAACGAUUUUUGAAAGAAAGAUAAGAAGAAAAAGGAAGGAAAUUCCUUUCAAUUUAAACUAAAAAAGAAAAAAAUAGUGCUUUCUCUUUUCAAUUCCAUAUCCAAGUCCAUUAAAAGCUGCUUAGUUAGAGUGAGUGCGCGCAUGUAAUCGAAUUUGGGACAACGAACAACAAAAAUAUGUAAACAUAAUUCCGUCGACGUCAAAAUAUACCCAUUUGUUUGUCUCUGUUACUCAACUGGUUGUAUCGGGUGUAUGGAUGGAUGAGUGAAAAGCACCGAGGGUGCUCCGCUUCGCUUCGCUCCUUACUUACUAAGUGACAAUUCCAAUUUUUGUUUUGAAUUAAAAAAAAAGAAACAAAUUACAAAACUUAUUGGGAAAUCACCCAAAAAGGAACCUUGAAUUCCUGAUACUUAAUUUAGAUUCUAUCAGACGCCUUGGUCUUUAUCUUAUUUCCAUUUCGAUUGUCUCUUGUGUCUUGUCUCGGCUGCGUUGUGUUCUUGUGUGUGCCUGUGAUUUAAAUCGAAUUAUUCUCUGCCCGUCCUCGGUACUCCUAGAAAUUUUCUUUCUUCUCGGUUUGUCAGCAUAUUUUGUGUGUGUGAAAAAUGGAUGACUUGGGAGCUGAACAUUUGAGUGAACUUUCGGUUAGUGAUAAAAAUAUCAAGCCCCUUGAAAAAACCAGAAAUUCAGAUCCAAUUCCAUCCGCAACGGCAUCGGCAACACUUCGGGCUGCUUUCUUAGAGCAAAAAUGCGAUAAUAGUGAUGCGACAGCCAAGCCUGUGGCCACUCCUCGUAAUCGUCACAAGGACCGGGCCAUUUUGGGCAGUCACAUUUACCACAACCAUCACAACGAGGCAGACGAGGAGGAGACAUCGCUCGCCUCGUCUUCCGAUGGACGAGAAAAAACCGAUGCGACUCCGGAGAAUGUGAAAAAAAUCGAUGAUGUCAUUCAGCAGCAGCAGGUAAAGUCCACUAGCACCACAGCACCAACUGCAACUGCAAUCACAACAACGACGACAACAGCAAUGCCAGCAGCUUCUCCAAAUAAGAAAAAUGAGAAUCACUCGUCGGCGGCGGCAACGGCAGCUGCCGAUGUGACUACUGCUGCUGUUGCUGCUUCCAUAACCGGAAUGACAAUAAAUGACGAACAACAAAGCCAAACGACGCCAAAUUCCACGAUCGCCGAUGACGAUGAGUCAUCUGCGUCGUCGGCCACGGCCAAGCAACAAUGCCUGGCAUUUACAAUCGAUUUUGGAGAUGAUUCCGUCAAAGACUCGAGCUCGUCGGUGGCGGCGGCAGCCAAGUACAAGAGUAUGGUGGAGCGAUUUCAGAAUCGGCAUCGGCGGGGGGCGUCCAUGUCGAAGUUGGAAGGUGCCGAGGCAACACCACCCUCCGCUUUGGAACCUCCAACACCUACAGCACCUCCACGCAGCCCUCGUGCACCUCAGGAAGUCGCCCCUGCCGCAGCUCCCGAUACCACAGUAAAGGUUAAAAUGCGUGCACGUGAUAGAAGCACUUCCAGAGUAAAGGACGCCACAAAGAGGCACAGUUGGUCGCCGCGUUCAAGUACAACAGAGCCGCCGCAGCAUCAUCCCACAAACCACAACCAUCCCAGACCGGCAAUUCCACACAAAACUCCCAACACAGUUGCGCCUGCGACAACGAAAAAGGUCAAAACCAAGCCCUCGAAUCUCACGCUGAACUCCCAACCAGAGCCACCUCGAAGGGAGAAGACUGCUUCCAACAAACCGUUUACUCCACGGUCGACUGCAAUGCAAAUGGCUCUGCAGAAGAUUGACUUUUUAUGUCCACAGCCCCCUCUGGACGACUAUCACCACAACAUGGCACUGAACGACAACGUAAGUGAGGCUGGAACGUACACCCUGGACGGCGAUAACUACACCGAAGAGCAGAAGGAUCUGAUGAACAUCGAUAAAACAACCACAACCAGUUCCGAGGUGUCUUCUUCAGGGAAUCAUAUGCAUCAACGUCCCAAGGACCUUCCACUUCGGAAUAGUCUCCAUACGGGCUUGCAGGGAAGACGACGGAAUAAUGUACUCGAGGUGAACUUCUAUCACGACACAACGACGACGCCGUACAAACCUCCAACCAACAAGACAUCGUAUCUGGAAAAGAUCAAGUCUCGAGUGAGAAACAUCACGGUCAAGCCCCAACAGACACAGCCGCAGAAUCAUCACCAACAGGAACAACACAAACUCAAGGAAGCUUCUCCACCAGAUCCAGAUGUUGGAACCUUCACCAGCGUGACAACGAGUGGAGUUCUCGCCAAAAAGACCACACUGGACUCUCAUCCAAAACUCACACGGCGCAGUAGCUUGUCCACAUCGCAAAUCGAUAGCUCCGAAUACGUUAGCACCGAAGCGAAGCUCAAGUCCAACUCGGGAGCCGCCUACAACGGAGGUUACACCGACCAUCAAAAAUCCGGCUACCGCUUGAAUGUCUUCACCACACAAACCGACGCCCAGGUGCUGUCUGCAAUAGAAUCCCCCGAAUCUCCAGUGAGCAAGCACUCCGACACGGGUGGUCUGAAGACUGCCCAGACGAAGAACGACUGGAUUCAAGAAUGGGCGAGGAAUGCCCGUGCGAGGAGUGUUGCCUCGGUAAUCAAGGGAUCGCCCGUCAAACAGUCUAACCAACAACAAUAUGACAUCAUGUCGAGGAGUUACAACUGUGGCGCGCCCGAGGAGGACCCCCCAACCGAUGACAGCAUGAUAUAUCGGAACAAGAAUAUGGAUCGAUUCCGGAUGGGGGAUUUCGAUUACGCCUCGGAUCCGAACGUCUCCGCCCAGCGACCGCCAAAGUCGCCCACAAAGAUACCCUCGCCAAUGCACUCGAUUGGACGGGCAAGGAGCGCCAGUCAUACAAGAGCUUCCUUACAGAACAUCAUACAGGACGAUCCCAAUAACACGGACUUGUAUCUGCAGAAAACCGCCGCGGCAAUAUCGAAUCUACAGCAAACACUCUCGCGGAAGAACUCAAUAAAAUCUCCACCAUCCUCCAGAGAUUCACCGAAGAAAGUUCCAAAUCGCCACCAGUACUACUCCGCCGAUGAGUACAGUCCCCAGCAUAGCAUCGAGGCUAAGCUGCUCCUAACUAAUCCCCUGAAUAAACGGGGAACGCCUGGCAACAACCUUAUGACAAAUAGCUACCACGAACAACUUGUACUGGAUGUGAAAAUUCCACGAGCACGAAAGAACUCCUACGACGCCCAAGCACUAACUGUGUCACCUGCACGACGACAACACCAGCCGCCCUUGCUGACAAACAAACAGUAUUAUGGCAUCGAUCAAACUAGGGGAGUCGUCGUGGAGCCAACAUCGAUUAAACAACAACAGCAGCAGCAGUUGUCUCCACUGCGAAGGUCAAGUUCCUUCUCCACAAAGUGUAGAGCCACCACGACAGCACAUCAUCAGCAGCAGCAACAGCAACACCAUCAAAAGAGACCUAAUGUCAAUAACUUGUACACCCCACCGACAGUGCGGCACAAUUAUAUUGGAGGACAGCAACAGCCAGUAUCAGCAAUCAAAAAGUCAGCCAGUAGCACCACAUUCAGACAUGUCUAUAGCGACUAUGACGAUAAUGUGGCCUACUACAUCAACGACGAAGACGACUUGGUCGAUGUAGAGUACUACGGGUCAUCGGACGACGACAUCCAUUCGCCCCAUGAAGACUACGAAGACUACAACGACGAUCUGGUGGUCUCGGAGGAGGUGCACACGAACGACGUGCCUUUGACCAACACCAGAUACAACAAAGCGUUGCUGAUGCGAAUCGAGAGGAGCAAACAGAAGGUUGCCGGUACAACUGUCGGUCACGGAGUUGCCAAACCGAAUCUCCUAUCUUCGGCUGGAGUUGCAGCAUGCCCCAAUACUCCAGAGCUACCGAGACGCACCAUCAAGAGUGCACCACGCUCCUCGAUGCGACAGUCGAUGCCACGUGAUUCAAGUUUGAACCGCUUGGCUGGACACAUACCUAAUUCGCUAGCAUCGGCGAAGAAACAAAUUCUCCAAACAGCCAACGCCGUUGUAGGGCACUCAGCUACAGCGGCCGCAACAAAUCCAUCAUCGUCAUCAAUUGAAAAUGCUAAUUCCAAGCGCAUCCAACCAAAGUACAUGGAUAUAUCUAAAUAUAAACCAGCACAAGGCAAUAAUUUCCUGCGAAAGAACGAUGCCAAGAGCACCCUGAAGCCGGAGAUAAGACGCAGUCCCAGCAGCGCAUCCAUGGGUUUGUCUAGGACGGAUGCAACUCGAGCAUCCAAUAGGAGUGUCAAAUCGGCCACAUCUGGACGGGGGACAUCUGCUUCAGCGGCGUGGAGAGAUACUUCUGUUUCCAAACAGAAGGAAGUUGAACUGGCGAUGUGGAAACGUCGUGCGAAAUAUGAUCCAAUGCGUGCCGCAGCCGAGGAUCGGAGGAAAAAAGAAGAAGCAAAGAAGUCAACGACAACAACGAUGACGAUGACGACGACCACAACAACGACACAGGGCAAUAGUAAUAAUGGACAGGCUGGAGGUGCUGUUACUGAGAGUUCGACAGUUACGAGGUCACAGUCAUUUCACUAUGGUGUCGGAUCAUUGAACGGAAACAAUCAAUCUUCAGGUUCAAAUCAACCUUCUCUAGAGAAUAAUCGAUGGACUCUGACGUCAAAUGAAUCCAGUGAUGAGGAACAUGCUUAUGUUUCUUCAAGUACGAACAGAUCUUAAGUUUCUUUUUUUUCUUUUUUUUUAAUAUAUUUUAGUUCUAAAAACAAAACUUCUUAUACAAAAAUUGAAUGUUUUGAGAACCAAAUUGUGUUGCUAAAAAUUAAACUUAAAAAAAACAAAAACCAUUGAGAUAAAUCACAUAAUUCUAAGUAGAUAUCAGAUGCUAUGAAAAUAAAUUAUAAUGUAGUUAACCUUAAAAAUUGUGAUUUUGUUGAGGUUAAAAAAAUAAAUGUCACAAGAAAAAAAUAAAUAUUAAAUUUAAACAAAAAAGAAGUUAACUAUAAAAUAAAUAUAAAAUGUGCAUAAUUAAAAAAAAAAGCCAACAGCACAUCAAAAUAAUAAUAAUAUUAUAAUAAUAGCGCAAAAAUUAUCAUAU